AUGCUCAACACGUGCUGCUGCGGCCUGUUCUCAGUUCGUUCGGCAAGCUACUGCGUCGCUUUCUACACAUGCAUAUAUUUCCUGGUGAUGCUGACUAUCAGCGUGCUGGGCCUCAUUACUGUGGAACACGAGAUGAUCGCCCGUCCGGACCUGCCCCCAGUUGACACCAUGACCAUUGGUUUGCUGGCGAUGAUGGCCACCCUCUUCACUCUGGGUAUCAUCUCUGCCGGCAUGCUCCUCAUGGGACUUUGUAAGGGACGCGCGUGGCUGCUGGUCCCCAUCAUCUGCACCCUGACGGCCACCAUCGUCGCCGACCUUGUCGCCGUCAUCAGCAUCUCCGUCCAGGACUUGCUCACCCGUCAUCUGGUGGACGGGACCGCGGCCACACUUCUACUGCUCGAUCUCAUGACAAUGGCAAUCAACCUGUGGUGCAUAGUGUGCGUGGUGUCUCAGUACAGAAUCUACCGGGGCUCCAACGGACAGCUUACUGAGCUUGGCUCCAGCCUCCGGAGUAGUCCGCUGCAGAUGAACGGAAUCUCGACGCAGAAGGGAGUCGGCGAGGGCUGUGUGAACCCGGUCAAUGUGUGA